AGCUCCACAUGCUCUCCCUCCGCUUCCGUCGGCCGCAUGACGUACCAGUCCUCAAAAAACCUCCACCUCCUCACAGCGACUCGGAAGUUGCGGCUUACGAGUCUCGUAUUGACACCAAAAUAGAGACAUUGUCAAUCGAUCGGCAAUUUAUACGCCGCCCGAGAGGUCACCGUGGCUGCGCCGGGAGAUCUGCACGAGCUUACAGGGGAUGGCUGACAGAGUAAUCUUCCGAUAUCCCUGUUACGGUAAUUGUCUCCUACUUUUUGUGGAGAUAGGGUCACACUGGAUGGUAUGAUGUGAUGCGAGAUGGCUGUGCGUUUCCAGUGUCGGCCGUAGGUAUAUAAUUCAUUCAACACCCGAACAGACCUCAUAUACACAUUCAAGCUUCAACCUAAAACGGCCUCCACAUCGUCAACAAACUUCACGCACCGCCUAUCUAGGAUCCUAUAAGCCUAUACUACCAACACAAUGCGUUUCUCCACCCUCGCAACAGCCCUCACAUCUGCAACUCUCGCAUCCUCUCGCCUGAUCGGCAUCGCAGCCCCUUCAACGCUCGCACCCAACAGCACCUUCACUCUCACCCUCCUCUCAGAAGGCUACAUCCAAUCUGUCGCCGACGUGGCAGUAGCCUGGGGUUUCGACAUUGCGCCAGGUUACCCCGGUUCUCUGGGCGCCUUCACCGGUUCCGCGUACCUAGGUCCUGAGAAGAGCAACCAGGGACAGGACAAUGUUACAAUCACUGCUACCGUGCCUGAGGAACUGGCCAGCGACUCCUACAAGGGCAAGGAUAUCUUGUUGAACGCCGGAAUUUACUCGUUGUAUGGUGCUAGUGGAGGCCCAGUGGUUACGGGAUUUAAUGUUACGGUCAAGAUUGGCGAGACCACUGGUGGGGAAAUUGUACAGAGUGACGGUCAGGCUUGGAUUCAGAACAGCAUCCAAUAGACCGGUGCAAUGCUUGCGUGUUUAGCGAUUGAGCGCCCAAAGAGCUGUAGAACUUAAAUUUCGUAAUGUGUACAUUAUACAAUGUUAUUACUCGAUAUUGGCAUCACAAGCAUCUAAAGUUUUAAGAUUCUGGAGUGGCAGCGCACUAUAGCAUUUGAAUGAUGUGCUUUGUUGAUGACGAUAAACCAGAGCAGCUAUGACCUG